AGGGGACGCACCGACGCCGCGGGCCAUCGCCGGCACGUGCCGGCGCCGCCUCGCCAGUCGCCCUGCCACCGUCGAGCCCGGCGCACGUGCGACGCUUCCUUCCGUGUCGGUGUCAGCGGUACACCCAGCGAGACCGAUCGGGCGUGUCGGCGGGAGCCGGGCCGGCCGUUUUCACACGCCGCCACGGCGCCACCGUCUGGUGAACCAGCACCAACGGCCGUCGACGGGCGGCGCAGACACGUGGGAAGAGCCCGGCGUCCUCUGCAGCCCUCAGGCGAACAUUUAGCGCCUCCGGGCGUCACUGGUGACAUCGAACUCCGCAGUCACAGGCACAGUCACAGCCGUGGUCACUGCGGCACACACAGAGCGCCACGAUGAGCGCUGUGCGGCCGAGUCCGCUCAACUACAGCCGGCUGCGGGACGCGGCGCUGCACAGCCCGCCCGUGAAGCCGGUGUUCGGCGAGCGGCGCGCCGGCGCGCUGGACCCGGCCGCCGCCGGCCGCCACAGUCGCUCCGACUCGUGUCUGGCGGUGCGGCCGGAGCGGGCGCCAGUCUACCGGCACCCGCUGAACGGGGCGCACGUCCCGCCGCAGCCGCCGCCGCCGCCGCAGCCGAGCCACGCCGCCGCGGUGGGCAUAUCGCCGCAGCAGAGGGCGCGCCGACAGCAGCAGCAGCGCGGCACGCGCAGGAAGCUGUUCGAGUUCGGAGCGCCGCAGCUGGAGCUGGAGAUAGCCUCGGUCGCCAAGAUGAGCUCCAUAACAGAGGCCCCGGCCAACCUGUGGCAGCCGCUCGCCAACGCCGGCAGCGCUGCCGACAAGUGCUUCCCCAAGAGCAACAGCACGACCACGUGUGGGAUCGAGAAUGUGCGCGCCUACAACAGCAGGGGUAUCGACUUCUUCUGCCGCUCGCAGAACCUGGAGCAGAAGAGCCUGCUCGACUGCCAGGCCGACUACAAGCCCGAGGCGCGUCACAAGCUGCUCGGCUCGCCGACCAGCCAGCGCAGCCAGGACUCGGGAUUUUCCGACUCGGGCGAGUCAAACUGCGACUCACAGAGUGAUGAACAGAAACGCGAGCGGCGCGUUCGGUUCGAGAAGCGCUCGAUCGCGCGGACUCUGACCAAGAUGAUGCGCGGCGGCAGUCCGGCGCGGCGCGCGACGCACAGUGCGGGCGACGGCACGCUGCCCAAGCCCAUCCUGACCACCAGCGAGGCCGCGUCGAGCUCGACGCUGUCCGUGUCUCGGUCGCGGGCGCGCGCCGGUCACACGCCUGCCAAGACACGGCUGUCUCGCUGCAGCCUGCAGGUCGUGGAGGAGCACCGCUCCGUGUCGGCCAGCUGCGCCGACCUGUCGCUGGCCAGCCGCACCGGACCGCUCACCUCCAGCCCUAUGCGCGCCGACCACGUGCUCGAGUGCUCCGCCAUCGAGCGCGAGCUGGACUCGAUGCUCGAGCGCGCCGAACUGCCUGAUUCCCAGACCGCCAUCGCUCGCACGCCACGCGCCUCGCUCAACGACACAUCGAUUGACUUCUCUCCGCGGCCGGCGCUGGAUGGACGCAAUGUGACGCGCCGCGCGGACAGGAGACCCCCUCAGCGGCGCUGGUCGCAGCUGCUGCCGGCCGGAGAGUCGGCCGCCGGCACCCUGCCCCGCCGUCCGCGCUCCGUGUGGAACCUGGAGGCCGCAGCAGCCGACCUGCAGGCGCGCCGCUUCUGCAGCCUGCCACGGGAGCAGCAGGCGCACCGGCAGCACCACCAGCCGGCCAUCAGGAUCGAGAGCGUCCGGUCACCGUCAGUUCGCCACUGGCUGCACCAGACCUGCUGGGAGGUGGACGUCGAGUGUAUGAACACGCUGCAGAGCAAGUCGGUCAUCUCGGACAUGUCUCACCUACUGGCGCUGGCCGCUCGUAACGCGCGCACCAACAUCCGCGACAUCCAGGUCCGGGCCAAGACCGUCAGCCGGGAGUUCGCCUCGCUGUUCACGCGGAUGGAAGACCUGGACGUGCGGGAGGUGCCCCGUAUCGCUCAGACAGUCACGGAGCGUAUUCAAAACUUUGUGCGUGAAUACGAGCUCUCGCAUCCGGACGGGCAGUCAUCUCACGUGCACAACCUGGACAAGCUGCGCUCCCUCAUGGAGAAGAUGCUCGAGUACGUCAAGUCGUGCGGCCAGAUGAACCGCACGUUCAAGGUCGACGACCUGGUGGAGGUGCUGACCUCGCUGGCGCAGGCCUUCAACCACCUGGUGGACCUGAUCCUCGGCGAGGAGGUCAAGGUGCUGCUCAGCUCCCUGUCGCCGGAGCGGGACGUGCUCUGUCUGAAGCUCGGCCUGCGCUCUCUCACCUCUGUCGGCCUGGACGGCGGACGUCUGUGUCGGAUCCUGGCCGGCCAGGGCGCCGCCGCCCGGCUCGUGUCGCUGGCCGCCGGCAGACGGCGCCAGGUGCGGCCGCAGGCUCUGCGCGCGCUGGCCACCCUCUGCUGCGUCUCCCAAGGAAUCAAGGCCUUCGAGCAGGCGGACGGUCUGCGCGUGGUCACCUCCAUCCUGACGGACGCCAGAUCCACUGAGGAGGAACGCUCGGAGUGCGCCGGAGUGAUCGCCCAGGUCACCUCCCCGUGGGUGGACAGCAUCCACCACGUGCGAGGCAUCAGCGACCAUGUCGAGGACAUCAUCAGGGAACUUAUCGGUCUGGCGGCCACCACCGACUCUGUGGAGACCCUCCUGCUGGCCUCAGCAGCGCUGGCCAACCUGACAUUCCUCAACAUCGGAGCUGUCCGCCUGCUGCUGCAUAACGGCGCAGCCAAGGUGCUGGUCCAGGCCACGCGCAACGCAGACACCUGCUCACUCUUCCUCAAAGACCAGGUGGCCACCAUUCUCGCCAACAUGGCGUCUGUCACCGAGUGCCACGAGGAGGUCCUCCGCAGCGGAGGUCUGUCCGCCCUGCUCUCGUUCCUGGAGGAGCGGCCGGCCGGUGGUCAGAUGGCAGAGCCUGCCGUCCAGGCCGCCGAGCGCGUGCAGCAGAAGGCGGCCAUCGCGCUGUCCCGUCUGUGCGUGCGCCGCUCCGUGGCCCUGGAGGUGGCGGAGUCCGGCGGUCUGAAGCGACUGGUGCAGCUCUGCCGAGACGGAGCAGAGAGGAACCACUCGGACGGCGUGCUCGUCGCCUGCCUGGCCACUCUGAGGAAAAUGGCAUCUGCAUGUGGCAACGACGUCUUCAAGGACGGCAACGGUCUGGACCUUGUGGAGCCUCGACUUCUCGAGACGUUCCUUCUCUGCUCUUCCAAGCAGGAGAGCUACGUGUGAACGGGCGUCAGGGCUGCUCGAGCUCUCCGCUCGCCUCGGAGAGCCCCACGACGCAGCGGCGCCCCUGCGAGACCCGACCGGCGCGCGGACCGCACAAGUACCCGUCCGUUCGUCCGUCCGUCUGUACGCUGGCGAAGGAGGCCACAGUGUGUGUGGCUCGUCUGCAACUACCUAGCCCAUCUAGUCUUCCAUGUCGGCCGAUGGAGAGGCCCGCCUUUGUACUAUACACGUGCCCACUGUACGGUGUUCGUCGUCCCGCUUGGACCGUUUGCGUAUCACAAAUAAAGCCUAGUCAGUCGUUGAUUAUCAUACCUUUGUU